GGCCGGGCGUGACGUGCCGGUGGCGCGGACCGCUGGGAGCUGGCCGGGAUCUGCGCUUCCCCCCCCCUCCCCCCUCCCGCUACGGGUCGCGGCUGGGGGCGUCCCGGCGGCGGGGACGCGGCUCCCCCCUCCCCCUCCCUCGCCUCGGCGCUCCGAUCCAAGAUGGCGGCGCUGAGCAGCGGCAGCAGCGCGGAGGGGGCCUCGCUCUUCAACGGGGACAUGGAGCCUGAGCCGCCGCCGCCGCCCGCGCUCGGCGCCUGCUACGCGGGGGGCAGCGGCGACCCGGCCAUCCCGGAGGAGGUCUGGAAUAUCAAACAGAUGAUUAAAUUAACACAAGAACAUAUAGAGGCACUGCUAGACAAAUUUGGAGGAGAGCAUAACCCACCAUCGAUAUAUUUAGAGGCCUAUGAAGAGUACACCAGCAAACUAGAUGCUCUGCAGCAGAGAGAACAGCAGCUAUUGGAAUCCAUGGGGAACGGCACAGAUUUCUCUGUCUCCAGUUCGGCUUCAACAGACACAGUUGCAUCAUCUUCCUCCUCUAGCCUCUCUGUAGCACCUUCAUCCCUUUCGGUUUAUCAAAACCCUGCUGAUAUGUCACGGAAUAACCCUAAGUCUCCACAGAAGCCUAUUGUUAGAGUCUUCCUGCCCAACAAGCAAAGGACUGUGGUUCCAGCAAGAUGUGGAGUGACAGUCAGAGACAGCCUAAAGAAAGCUCUGAUGAUGAGAGGUCUUAUUCCAGAAUGCUGUGCUGUUUACAGAAUACAAGAUGGAGAGAAGAAGCCAAUUGGCUGGGACACUGACAUUUCCUGGCUCACGGGAGAGGAGUUGCAUGUGGAAGUCUUGGAGAAUGUGCCACUUACAACACACAAUUUUGUACGAAAAACAUUCUUCACGUUAGCAUUCUGCGACUUUUGUCGAAAGCUGCUUUUCCAGGGAUUUCGGUGCCAGACAUGUGGCUACAAAUUUCACCAGCGCUGUAGUACAGAAGUGCCACUGAUGUGUGUUAAUUAUGACCAACUUGAUUUGCUGUUUGUCUCCAAGUUCUUUGAACAUCACCCCAUACCGCAGGAGGAGGCCUCCUUAGGAGAGACCACCCCAGCAUCUGGAUCGUACCCCUCAGUGCCCCCCUCAGAUUCUGUUGGACCACCAAUUCUCCCUAGUCCUUCUCCUUCAAAAUCCAUUCCAAUCCCACAGCCCCUCCGACCAGCAGAUGAAGACCAUCGGAAUCAAUUUGGGCAACGCGACCGAUCCUCUUCAGCUCCCAAUGUUCACAUCAAUACAAUUGAGCCGGUCAAUAUUGAUGACUUGAUUAGAGACCAGGGCUUACGAGGAGAGGGAGCCCCUUUGAACCAGCUGAUGCGCUGUCUUCGGAAAUACCAAUCCCGGACUCCCAGUCCCCUCCUUCAUUCUGUCCCCAGUGAAAUAGUGUUUGAUUUUGAGCCUGGCCCAGUGUUCAGAGGUUCAACUGCAGGUUUGUCUGCAACACCUCCCGCCUCUUUGCCUGGGUCACUCACCAAUGUGAAAGCGUUACAGAAGUCACCAGGACCCCAACGGGAGAGGAAAUCAUCCUCAUCCUCAGAAGACAGAAGUAGAAUGAAAACCCUUGGUCGACGGGAUUCAAGUGAUGAUUGGGAGAUACCAGAUGGACAGAUCACAGUUGGACAGAGGAUAGGAUCUGGAUCGUUUGGAACAGUCUACAAAGGAAAGUGGCAUGGUGAUGUGGCAGUGAAAAUGUUGAAUGUUACGGCACCCACACCUCAACAGUUACAGGCUUUCAAAAAUGAAGUAGGAGUGCUCAGGAAAACACGACAUGUGAAUAUCCUGCUUUUCAUGGGUUAUUCAACAAAACCCCAGUUGGCUAUUGUUACACAGUGGUGUGAGGGGUCCAGCUUAUAUCACCAUCUACACAUCAUUGAGACCAAAUUUGAAAUGAUCAAACUAAUUGAUAUUGCACGGCAGACUGCACAAGGCAUGGAUUAUUUGCAUGCCAAGUCAAUCAUCCACAGAGACCUCAAGAGUAAUAAUAUUUUUCUUCAUGAAGACCUCACAGUAAAAAUAGGUGAUUUUGGUCUAGCUACAGUGAAAUCACGGUGGAGCGGAUCUCAUCAGUUUGAACAGUUGUCUGGAUCUAUUCUAUGGAUGGCACCAGAAGUUAUUAGAAUGCAAGAUAAAAACCCGUACAGCUUUCAGUCGGAUGUGUACGCGUUCGGAAUUGUUCUUUAUGAACUGAUGACUGGACAGUUACCGUACUCAAACAUCAACAACAGGGACCAGAUAAUUUUUAUGGUGGGACGAGGAUACCUAUCUCCAGACCUCAGUAAAGUACGGAGCAACUGUCCAAAAGCUAUGAAGAGACUAAUGGCAGAAUGCUUAAAAAAGAAAAGAGAUGAGAGACCCCUUUUUCCACAGAUUCUUGCCUCCAUUGAGCUUCUGGCCCGGUCAUUGCCAAAAAUUCACCGCAGUGCAUCUGAGCCCUCAUUAAACCGGGCUGGCUUCCAGACAGAGGAUUUUAGUCUAUAUGCUUGUGCUUCUCCAAAAACGCCCAUCCAAGCAGGGGGAUACGGAGAAUUUGCAGCGUUCAAGUAGCCACAGCACCAUGGCAGCACCCACUCUGUUCUUUAAGUCUUGUGUUCCUACAGUUUCUUAACAUCCAAACUCUAUUCUGCUCCGCCAGACCUAAAGUAAUUUAGAAAAGAUAUCCAUAAGCUUAAAAGCGGAGCAGAAUGGAACUGCCAGUCCAACACAAUGGGAAAACGUACCUUUCUGGGAACCAGAAUCCUCUGCUGCCAGUGUUCCUCCUUCAACACAAACCACCGCGCGUUGGGAGACCCGCAGUGGCCGCCUGUGCCCUUGGCAUCAUUCCCGGGAGAGAGGAGAGGGCGCUCGUGGUUUGACCGUGGUGCUCGGGCGUGAGGGGAUGGAGCUGCUGCUGCAACUUAGGAGACUUGGCUUUGGAUGCUCUGCCGGUCGGCUUGCUCCCUCUAACAGUGUACCAGCAGAGGCUGAACAUCUGACGAGUGCUGGUUUAAACGAAUCAUCCUCCGUUCUGCUCCUUUCUUCCCUGGUGUACUCACUGAUUUGUGGACAACGCAGUAUCCCCUUUUCGCUGUGUUACAGUGUCAAACGCCUAAAACCUGCCUCUGUGAUUGGGUUUCAUUCCAGUAAAAUUGAAAGUGUGGGGUGAUGGGAGCUGGAGAAGAUGUUACUCUACAGGCGAAGAGGUUAAUCUGAAGGAAAAGGGGAUGCUGCUGCACCUUUUUUCAGAUUUACUAUAUCACUUCUUCAAAAAAAAAAACCAACAACCACCAACCUUAACCUUUUUCCUUUUCCAGUAUUUUCUUGGUGUGUGCGUAUACAACAUCUUUAAGAAGGAUUAGGUAGAUCCUUCUUUUGUUGGUCCAGCAACAAACUGAAGUUUUAAACAAACAAAAAAAAAAAAUGUAGCGAGAUUGUCCUCUCUUUUAUUUUUUUUUCUUUUGUAUCAUGUGAUACAAUGUAUUUAUCCAAGAUGCUGCCGGAGCAUCUGAAGUCUGUAGAGUUCCUGAUACAGACUGUGAAUGGUGUAUGUACCUACUUUAAAAGUUUUAUUUUAAACGAGGGUGCAGGUUAAUGCCAGGUACCUUACCAAUAUGUAAUGUUUUCAUAAAUGGGGAAAAAAGUUCUCAGGUUGAAUUGAAUACAAAUACAAAACCCCCUAGAAUUAGACAUUCCGAAAAUUAUGUUUUGGUACUUUCAAGAGCUUUUUUUAAAGGAAUUUUAUCCUGUUGACCGAACGUCCUCUGAUAAGUGUGUGUGGAACUGUGGAGCAUCUUGUCCUAAUGGCAAGUUGUUAGAUCAAAACAAAACGGUACUUGCUGGAUCCACGCUGACUACUUCUCCUCUCAUUGCUUUCUCCCCUGUCAUCUCUCCCCUUCCAUUUUGUCUUUCCCUUUUGUACACUUUGCAAACUAGGAUGAAGGUGGCGGUAUCUCCAUCAGAGUGCUUUGUUUUCCUGUCCUCCAAUCCUGGUUUUCAAAUGGUCGGUAGCUUUUUGACAAGUUACCCAGUCAGGGAAAAAAGAAAAAAAAAAAAAAAAAAAACACAACUCAUAAAGUUCUGCACAUCCUUUACCUCUAAUAGAAUAUCUUGUGAUGUGAUCUGUUUGCAGAGUUCUCUGGUAUGUGGUAUUACAUGUAAAUUAUUUGUACAGAGGCAAGUCAGACCACAUUAGAAAGAAAUUCAAGCUCAAACAGAAGUUUUCAGAAGUUUAUUUGUAUCUGCUCUGUACCACUCCAGGUGAGGCGGGAGGACCGACCCCCCCCCUCUAGCAGGGAGGUUCUUGCUGGGGGUGGGGGGGAUGUUAAAACAAACUCACGACGAAUAAAUGAAGGAGUUUAAAUGUGUGUGAAUGUGGUGCCCACGUUAAACACGGGGUGUGUGGGGUGAGGACGCCGCCCUUCCCUCCCGAGGAGAGUUGGACAGUGUCUGCCCGCGGAAGGUUGCUCCCAGGCGCAGGGAGAACGUGCUUUUAAAACCCUGGAGUUCUGUGGUGGUGCUGGUAGCCUGCUGUGUUUGUCCGUAAAUAGUGACGGGGGUUCUGGGGACUGGACUGAUCUGAAGUGGGAAUUGUAACUGAAAUACUGUGUAUUCAUAUUAAUUCCACAAACAUUAGCAAGACAGCAAUAGUGAAUGACUUCAUAGUCACUACAAGAACUGAGCGAUUCAUGUUGGUACAUGAAUAGAGUUGAUUUUGUGUACAGGAUGCGUUUUACAAACAAACAAACAAA